AGUCCAGCCCCGAAUCACCCGAGCUUAAGCCUUGCAUCAGGAGAACGUCCAUCUCACUCUCCUGGCUUUGAUCCCCACUGUACAUCAGACCAGAGGCGCUGAAGGGAGGGAGGAUGCGAGAUGACCAGUCCUUUGGCCACCUGACCAUCUCCUUAGCAGAGCUUUGGAAAGCCAGCUGGGGACUGACCGGACGACCAAGGAGGCGCUGCGCCUCUCGUGGAUGUGUGUGAGUGGGUGAGCCAGUGUGAGUGAGUGAGGGUGAGUGUGUGUGUGUGUGUGUGUGUGUGUGCGCGCGUGUGCAUCAUGGCUGUGUGUGUGCAUGUCCAGAUGAGAGUGUGAGUGCACGUGUGUGUGUGUGAGUGUGUAUGUGUGUACGUGUGUGUCUGCGCUCUUGGUUAUUAUUUUUUGGAAGAAAAAUCUUGAAAAUCUGGGGCAGGUUACAGUGCUCCUAGGGUGGUGGUUCUUUUUUUGCAAGAGGAGCUGACCAGACCAAGCUACUGGAGACAUUUUUUGGCGAGUAAAGAGAAUUUUCCUUCCAGAACGAGAGGGAUUUUUCCCCUGGCUCUGCCGCCAAGUGAAAGAGAUUAGCCCCUAAACCUGUGAAAUCGACCAGAGCCGUGUGAUUACCAGGGCUUGAGAGAGAACUCGGGAAGAAAAAGGAGAAAUAAAUCAAAUAGCCUGUCAGUGCCUGUGGCCACGUUGGAAGAUGUCAUCUCAAACUAAGUUCAAGAAAGACAAAGAGAUCAUUGCCGAAUAUGAAGCCCAAAUAAAAGAGAUCCGCACGCAGCUGGUGGAGCAGUUCAAAUGCCUGGAGCAGCAAUCCGAAUCUCGGCUGCAGCUGCUGCAGGACCUCCAGGAGUUUUUCCGUCGCAAAGCUGAGAUUGAACUCGAGUACUCCCGCAGCCUGGAGAAGCUGGCUGAGCGAUUCUCCUCCAAGAUCCGCAGCUCCCGGGAGCACCAGUUCAAGAAGGACCAGUACCUCCUCUCACCUGUGAACUGCUGGUAUCUGGUCCUGAAUCAGACCAGGCGGGAGAGCCGAGACCAUGCCACCCUCAAUGACAUCUUCAUGAACAAUGUCAUCGUCCGCCUCUCCCAGAUCAGUGAGGAUGUCAUCAGACUCUUCAAAAAGAGCAAGGAGAUUGGCCUGCAGAUGCACGAGGAGCUCCUGAAGGUCACCAACGAGCUCUACACAGUCAUGAAAACCUACCACAUGUACCACGCGGAGAGCAUCAGUGCAGAGAGCAAGCUGAAGGAGGCCGAGAAGCAGGAGGAGAAGCAGUUCAACAAAGCGGGGGAGCUCAGCAUGAAUCUGCUCCGGCACGAGGACCGGCCCCAGCGUCGCAGCUCCGUGAAGAAGAUCGAGAAGAUGAAGGAGAAGAGGCAGGCAAAGUAUUCUGAGAACAAGCUGAAGUGCACGAAGGCACGGAAUGACUACUUGCUGAAUCUGGCAGCCACCAACGCAGCUAUAAGCAAAUACUACAUCCACGAUGUCUCCGACCUAAUCGACUGCUGUGAUUUGGGCUUUCAUGCCAGCCUGGCCCGCACCUUCCGGACCUACCUCUCCGCCGAGUACAACCUGGAGACGUCUCGCCAUGAGGGGCUAGAUGUCAUCGAGAACGCGGUGGACAACCUGGAUUCCCGAAGUGACAAGCAUACUGUCAUGGACAUGUGCAACCAGGUCUUCUGUCCUCCACUCAAGUUUGAGUUCCAGCCCCAUAUGGGGGACGAGGUGUGCCAGGUCAGCGCUCAGCAGCCCGUCCAGACAGAGUUGCUCAUGCGGUACCACCAGCUGCAGUCCAGACUAGCCACUCUCAAGAUAGAGAAUGAGGAGGUGAGAAAAACCCUGGACGCCACCAUGCAGACCUUACAGGACAUGCUGACCGUGGAGGACUUUGAUGUCUCCGAUGCUUUCCAACACAGUCGGUCCACAGAGUCUGUAAAGUCCGCCGCCUCUGAGACCUACAUGAGCAAAAUCAACAUUGCCAAAAGGAGAGCCAACCAGCAGGAAACAGAAAUGUUUUAUUUUACAAAAUUUAAAGAAUACGUGAACGGCAGUAACCUCAUCACUAAGCUGCAGGCCAAGCACGACUUACUCAGGCAGACCCUGGGCGAAGGGGAGAGAGCAGAAUGUGGCACAACCAGGCCCCCCUGUCUUCCCCCUAAACCACAGAAAAUGAGGAGACCUAGGCCUCUCUCAGUGUGUAGCCAUAAACUAUUUAACGGCUGUAUGGAAGCGUUCAUUAAGGAUUCGGGACAAGCUAUCCCGCUUGUAGUUGAAAGCUGCAUCCGAUACAUCAAUUUAUAUGGACUCCAACAGCAAGGGAUCUUCAGAGUGCCAGGAUCUCAGGUCGAAGUCAAUGACAUAAAAAAUUCCUUUGAGAGAGGUGAAGACCCCCUUGUGGAUGACCAAAAUGAACGAGAUAUCAAUUCAGUCGCUGGUGUUUUAAAACUGUAUUUCCGAGGACUGGAAAACCCACUCUUUCCUAAGGAAAGGUUUCAAGAUUUGAUAUCUACUAUUAAACUGGAGAGCUCCGCUGAGAGGGUGCACCAGAUCCAACAAAUCCUCAUCACCCUUCCCCGCGUGGUCAUCGUGGUCAUGAGAUAUCUCUUCGCUUUCCUCAAUCACCUCUCGCAGUAUAGCGACGAGAACAUGAUGGAUCCCUACAACCUGGCCAUCUGCUUUGGGCCCACCCUCAUGCACAUCCCCGAUGGGCAGGACCCUGUGUCCUGCCAGGCACACGUCAACGAAGUCAUCAAAACCAUCAUCAUCCAUCAUGAAGCCAUCUUCCCCAGCCCCCGGGAGCUAGAGGGACCCGUUUAUGAGAAAUGCAUGGCUGGAGGGGAAGAAUAUUGUGACAGCCCACACAGUGAGCCAGGGACCAUUGAUGAAGUUGACCACGACAAUGGCACUGAACCUCACACCAGUGACGAAGAAGUGGAACAGAUCGAGGCCAUCGCCAAAUUUGACUAUGUGGGGCGCUCUCCGCGUGAGCUGUCCUUCAAGAAGGGGGCCUCACUGCUGUUGUACCAUCGCGCCUCAGAGGACUGGUGGGAGGGUCGUCACAACGGCGUGGAUGGACUCAUUCCACAUCAGUACAUAGUCGUACAAGACAUGGAUGAUGCCUUCUCGGACAGCCUGAGCCAAAAGGCGGAUAGCGAGGCCAGCAGUGGGCCGCUGCUGGACGACAAGGCCUCCUCCAAAAACGACCUCCAGUCCCCCACGGAGCACAUCUCGGAUUACGGCUUUGGUGGGGUGAUGGGCCGAGUGCGGUUACGAUCCGAUGGAGCAGCCAUCCCCAGGCGCCGAAGCGGGGGCGACACACACAGUCCGCCCCGGGGCCUGGGCCCCAGCAUAGACACGCCGCCCCGGGCUGCCGCCUGCCCCAGCAGCCCCCACAAAAUCCCCCUCACCCGGGGCAGGAUCGAGAGCCCUGAGAAGCGGAGGAUGGCGACGUUCGGGAGCGCCGGCAGCAUCAACUACCCUGACAAGAAAGCGCUCUCGGAAGGGCACUCAAUGCGGUCGACGUGCGGCUCCACCAGGCACAGCAGCCUGGGCGACCACAAGUCCCUGGAGGCUGAGGCCCUGGCAGAAGACAUCGAGAAGACCAUGAGCACAGCUCUGCACGAGUUGCGGGAACUCGAGAGGCAAAACACAGUCAAGCAGGCGCCAGAUGUGGUGCUGGACACCCUGGAGCCCCUGAAGAACCCGCCAGGCCCCAUCAGCUCGGAGCCCGCCAGUCCCCUGCACACCAUCGUCAUCCGAGACCCUGACGCCGCCAUGCGCCGCAGCAGCAGCUCCUCCACGGAGAUGAUGACCACCUUCAAGCCAGCCCUGUCCGCCCGCCUUGCCGGCGCCCAGCUGCGCCCACCCCCCAUGCGGCCCGUGCGGCCCGUGGUCCAGCAUCGAUCCAGCAGCAGCAGCAGCUCGGGUGUGGGCAGCCCAGCUGUGACGCCCACCGAGAAGAUGUUCCCCAACAGCUCAGCAGACAAGUCAGGCACCAUGUGACCUCAGGAUGGGGCGGCACUGCCCUGGCCACUGUGGCACACCGAGGGUGGCCUCUGUGACUUCCACGUCCUUCCCAGUGUUCCUGGCCUGGUCGAGCAGGGACCAGAAGGUCAGCCUGGAAGAGUGUCUGUGCAGAGCUGAGGCCCAGGCGCCAGCUGUCGCUCACAUCCAGCCGUGUGAAUCGCACAGGCCUUGCGUGUGUAAACAGAGGCCCAGAGGAGUGCAGGAGCAGGGGCAGCCCCAACUAGAGUGUUUCCUAAGAGUGUGGCAAAAUGUUAUGGCUUCGCCCGCAUAUCGUCACUGGAAAAUUAUUCUCUCGACAUUCUCUCCACAUACAUAGAUAUGUGUGUAUAUAUAUAUGUGUGCAUAUACACACAUAUGUAUGUAUGUAUGUGUCUGUAGGUGUGUGUAUAUAUAUAUAUUUAUGCAUCUAUAUACAUAUACUAGAUCUGGACGCACAUACUAAAUGUAUAUAGGAUCUCCUUUUUCUUUUUAUGAAACUUAGAUUUACCUCAGACCCAUGCCACCAAACAUCUCCCGCUGAGUUAUUUGGUGGGAUUUGCAGGGACUUUUCUGGGAGAAUUUAGAGGCCCACAGUAACUGCGAAUGAAGCAAUAUACCACUAACCUGCAGAAAAAACAAAAACAGUCUCUCACUGUCUCCAGAAGUUGUGGCCUUCCAGAACAGUCUGCCCCUAAACAAAGGGUGGGGCAGGCAGUACCCCAAGCAGGCUGCUCCUAGAGGUGGGGGACCCUUCACAGGAUACCCCAACCCCCGUCCACUCCAGAGACCCUGCCUUUCCACCUGAAGGCAAGUGCCAACUGUACCCGCAGAGGCACAGGAGGACGUUGGCAAGAAGACCCCUGACCACAGCAUCCUGUGUUUGUAUGUAGAAAAAGGGGAAAGUGAGAACCUAAGCCACAUCUUAGCACAAUAUGUGUGGUUGGGAAAAAGUAAAAGAAAUGAAAAAAAAAAAAACCCACAGUGGGUGUGGAACACUUCAAAACCUAGAAAUGCUGUAGGAAUAAUUCUGGUAACUAUAGAGGUUUAACUUAUACAAUUUUCAAAAUAUUUAAUUUUUUUUCUUCCUCUUUCUACUAAUUAUACUGUGUCAGAUUUGGAACUAAACAGGCAAGGAGGCUUUGAGUCACAUCGUUUUAAUUUAAAACCAGGCCAUGACGCACUUUGGUGCCCUCUUGCACAAAGUACACGAACCAUAAGUGCCCAGCUCAGACCAGGGGCUGAGGAGACGCAAUGCUUGGCACUUUCUGUCCUAGAGAAUGCUUCAGUUGAGUUAAUAGAAGUGAAAUAGCUCCCCUCCCUCUCCCUUCCCUUCCCUUCCACUCGCCUACUCCAAAACAUUUACUGUCAUUGAAAAUAGUGAUACAAUUGGGGUGCACGAUCUUCAAGUAUUCUGAGCAAGGCUUCCGCCUCUUGGCUCGGAAAAGCCCUUCUGCAUCACUCGUUUGAUUGUAUUUUCCUUCCUCUUUGGAUCGCUUCCUUUUCCAGAGAUGGCUGUUUCUGGAUUAUGGAACAGAGGCAGAUCAAAUUCUAAUGGGACCACUUUUACUCACCCGCCUCAUACCAAGCCAAGGGUUUCUUCCCUGUCGUUCUCAAGCUUCAUGUCUUUCCCUUUCUCAAGGCUUCUAAGUGUGUCCAUGGCUGUGGUUUAGAGUCAAAAGUCCUGUGUUUGAGUCUCAGUCCCAUCACUUGGGAACUGUGGCUCUGGGCGUGUCACUGCACCUCAUCGAGCCUCAGUUUCUUGCUCCAUAAAAUGAAGAUAAUAAUGAUAAAAUGGAAGUGAGCGAGCUGUUCAAACUAGAAAGCACUGUGCCAAACCAAUCGCUCUUUUUAUUGUCAUUAGUAAAGGAAGUCUUUUCACUCAAAACCCACCCAAGACCUUCCUUUUGAAACCUCCUGCUGGCAUUUGAGAAGUGGGCAGUGGAAUUUCCCCACCAGCUGCCCACGCUCCCCGAAGCACGGCCUGCAUUGUAUCGCCUAUCGAUGCUUGAAAUGCCACCAUUACCAUUUCACCCCAUUGGAGGAAGUUUCGUCUUCUCCUCUGGUCCUCCAUAAAAAGGUGACUAUACCUCAGAGAGAGGGACCUACUGAGUCACUGAUACCUGAGUGUGGUAGUAAUGGUAAGACAUUCUGAGUGUGGGAGUGGUAAGACAUUCUGCUUCAUCUGAGAACUGGUAUUGAGAGCAGUGGAAGGAAGAAUCGAGAAAGGGCCCAAAAAGAAUGCCAGGGAGAGGCCAAUGACAAACUUGACCUUCCUUUUUUUUUUUUUUUUUUUUUUUUUGCCUAGAACCAACCGUUUUCUUUUAGCUCCUGGAGAUGAAAGCACCUCAGAACUAGGUUGGAGCUCUCUGCCUUUGUGAGUGUAUAAAGAUAUUCCCAUUUUACAGCUUAGGAAAGAAAGCAAGGCCUUGGGAUGUGCUGUGACUUGCCCAAGAUUUAAUAGAUGACUGAGAGUGGGGGCUGUGUCAUCUCAUUAAGUAAUUUAUUUGCAAGGAUGCUAUGCUGUCCAGCCAGGAUACAAGGCAUUCCAUUUCUACCCCACAGAUCCUCCCAGACCUUAAAUGUAGUAGCCUUCUGUGCAAAAUGUAACCUUCUCUGCCAUGACUAACAGAUGAAAAGAGAAAAUGUGAGUUGACAGAUCUGUUGCCUGAUACCCAUAACACCAGUCAGACAGACCAUGUGGCUUUUCCUCUGAAUUGACUAACUUCAUUUUUCUUCCCUGAAAAUGGACCUGCCUUUCACCGAAUUACCUGAAGGCAGAGCUGUAGCUGUUUUCUUUAAGCACCUGUUUUUCCAUUAGGGAAAGGCUGAUGAGUUCACAUUUCGAGAAGCUCACACCUUACUCAUCCAGCCCCAAAUCUGAGCCUUGACGCAGAACCCAAUGGAAAAACACUUUGCUUCCCGCUCCCCGCUUCCUCAUCUGGCACUCUGCAUGUCUCGCUCGGUCCUCACAGGCACCCGGUGCCACCCAUAGUCACGGAGCUUUGGCAUCCUCUUCCCAACUCCCGCCUGUGUUAGUCCACUAUAUAUCGCUGUAUUUGCUUAAAUGCUGGAAAGUAACUGUUAAAAUGUGAAACUGUAAUUUUUAAAAAGGCGACAAUUAAAUUAUAGCCAAUGACACUCACCAAAUCUUCGCACCUAGUAGAUAGAUCAAUGUAAAAAACAAAUACCAGAAACCUAACUGUACAGUGAGUGUGAGGGAAACGUAGUAACCUAGUUAGUAGUCCUCAAUAUAAUCAAUCGUACAAGGGGAAGUGGUGUUUACCUACUCGUUCAUCACCAUUACUGAAAGCUGUACUAAUCAGUUCCUCGAUAACGGGCAUUUUUUUUUUUUUUUUUGCUUCACAAAAUGAUUUCUUUUCUUAACCUUUGACUUACCCUGAGGUCAUGCCUUUGUCUUUAUGUGUAACCGAUGUUCAGUCUGUUUUAGGAAUGAACCAGCAAGAUGUUCAUUUAAAACUGACCAAAGACAAUUCCUUCCUGGUCUAGUUUCUUGGGCCUCGGGGGCCCAGCUGCCACUAAAGACCUUUCUCGGAUAAAAUUGAGAAGAAGCCGUGCUUCCUACCCCACUCUCCCUCUCUCCCUUUAUUACCCAUUUCCUCUCAAAGAGCUGCUCUGAGCUGUGGGAUUCUAUGAAAAAUUCUUGCCUUUCCUUGUUUUCAGUGCUAACGAUUUCUCACCUUGAAGCGCCUUUGAACCCAGACAGAGCGCAUAAUGCGAGGGACUUGUAAGCUUGGGCAUCAGGCGUGGGAGUCUGUCCUCUGAGGUCACCAGGCCAAGGAGCAGGAGAGCAGUGGAUUCCUGAGGGAUGAAAGGUUUCUAUUCAAUGAAGAAAUCUGAGUGAGAAGAGACAGGGAAAUGGAGCCAUCCUUUGGCCACUGGCUGGAACCAGCAGUUCAAAGAUCUGCCUUAUAAACCCUUCAGAACUGGUUUGUGGCACACAGACGGAGCCAGUGUGGGAAAGGGCCUUGACGUGGGCCUGGCUUCUCUGUUGGAGGCCCUUGGAGUGCCUUGGUGGGUAUGUUUCUUUCUCAUUCAGGAGGCGUGAACGCAGAGGACUUCCUGUGACCUGAUGGUUCCUUGGCACUCAGCGCCCGUACAUGGCUGAGGGAAAACCACCAGGACUCAUGCAAUGGUUCUUCCUCUCAGUCUUUCUAUUCCUAACUGUUCACAUAUCCAGACGGUUCCACACUAGAGCAAAUGCCUCAUUCGUCUGAGAAACCCAGAAAGAAGAACGGCUGCCUCACAACCAUAGUGGGGGCCCUGUUGGGCUUGGGGGGGGGGUUGGCGGGGAGGAAAAGGCAGGAAGGGGUGAGCCGAGGUGUUGCUUAGCUGAUUUUCUGCUAUGCAGAGCUAAUGCUGACGUUUCAUGUCAACUUCCCCGGUUGUCUGGGGUCUCCUCUCUUUUGAGCAGCCAUGUAGAGACUUCCCCGCAUACCCAAAGCGGCCCAGGGGAGCUGAGAGAAGGGACUUUGCUGUCAGGACACAGUCCUCCUGGCCUCUCUGAGGUGGAUCUGCCAGUGUCCCGCUGUCCCAUCCUCUGGGACUGGCCGAAUGGCCAACGCUGCCCCGUGCUGACACCUCUUUUCUCUGUGAACAGUCCCAGGCAAAUAACAAAACUGUUCCUUGAACCAGAACAACCAGAGCGCACUUUUCCUUCCUUAGACGGAAGUAGAUUCUGCUAGAGUUUCUGCUCAGGCUCUUGUUCCCGGCGGUGUGACUGUUUACACGGUUUGGCAAUACGUUUGGUUCUGAUUGCUUCAGAGUGGCUGGUCUAUUUUGUUUCCUUUGGUUUCUUUCCUCCCCAAACUGUAUCAGGAAAAAACAAACCGAAACCACCCUUGGAAAUUGCUGGUUACCUGUCCCCACGUGAUGAGAAGUGCUGCCCUCUUCCAGAUAUCGUUUCUCUACCUUACAACCAAACGCCCGUCCUAUAGAGUGUCUGAUUGGAUCCUCUGUCGCGUAUUCUGAUGGUGCCUGCUGGUUUGACGUGGAGCUAUCCUGUGAAAUAAA